GAUUCCACUGUUCGGGUCUGGGAUGCAGCAACGGGGCUGCCAUUGGGUGAGCCCUUCCGAGGGCACACUGAAUCAGUUUGGUCAGUCUCAUUCUCGCCCGAUGGCACUCGCAUCGUGUCUGGUUCAGAAGAUUCCACUGUCCGGAUGUGGAAUGCAGUAACAGAACAGCAAUUUCGGGAGCACACUGAUAUCCACUCCUCUGCAUUCUCUUCGGACACAUGUCCCACCACAUCUUGCAAACGAGAGAGCAUCAUGUCAACCGAUACUCGGAACAAUCCCACCAUUUGCUUUGCAUCAAGCUUGGAACAUGCACUGCAAAAACCUGCCAAGUUACUUGAAGGUGCCUCUCAUCUUAAUUCAACCCCUGUCUCGCUGGAAGAUGGAUGGAUGAUAGGAGCCUAUGGUCGGCUGCUUCUCUGGGUACCCCCUGCUUCCCGAGAACAACCAUUUCAUUACCUUGGGACUACAUUGGUGAUACCCGGUGGGCUAGAAAUUGAUUUGAGUCGCAUGGCUCAUGGAGAAGACUGGACGAAUUGCCGAGAUGUCGCUACUCGCAAAUGAUCCAGUUGUAGUACUACCAAGUUUCCAGUUUUAUUCCAUGUCGAUCUUGUAUCUGCUAUCGAGCUUGAAUUUGAAGUUGUCCGCUAUCA